AUGAACAUUCAAAUAUCCGGUAAUUUGAGCAAACCUACCGUCAUCUUCAUCGCUGGAUGGCCAGACACCUGUGAUAUCUUCCGCAACAACGUCAUGGCUACCUUGGCCGCGGACUACCGCAUUGUUGGUGUGACGUUGCCCGGAUUCGACGACGAGCAUCCGUUUCUAGCAGAGCUGCGCAAGCGAGAUAGCGCGGCGACGCGGAAUGAGUCGAAGAGGAUGUGGCGCCACAGAGAAGAGGUAUCCACCAGAUUUGUUGCAACUGCCUCCACAGGAACGAGCACAGAUUUACCUUUUCGAUUUCUCACUUCUGUCGGCGCUGCACCACGGUCACACAGCGGCAGCAAGAUCAGCGGCGGCGCAUGUGUGAGCACACCGCUGCAGUCUUUCGGCCUUCCGAGCUGCUGCGCCACAUUAGAGCCAUUCCGUACUUCCUGGAAGGGUCACAGCUUCGAAGAUCUCGUGACACUGCUCGAGAUCGCGGUGGACACAGCGAUGGAAACGUGCAACUACUGCCCACCUGUUGUGUUACCCACCUCUGCGGAGGCACAAGAUAGCCCCAGGUGCAGCAGCAGCAGCAGCAGCAGCGGCGAAACCGAAACAUCAGACUCCAGCACCGCUGCGUUUGCACCACACCAGUUGCCGCCGAAGUACACUCGACCAGUGAUCAUCGCUCACGACUGGGGGUGCUUAUUGGCAUAUGAAUUGCUCCUUGCCAGGCCGGGGCUUUUCUCCCGCAUCGUUGCCCUCGAUGUUGGAGCGUACCUGUUUGAAAGCGAAGCCGCUCACGUUGAGCGCAUGUGCGCUUUGGUAUCAGCGCAAGACAAGGGCAGGCCAACGGAGAUGGCCGGCAAUUCGUUCGCAGCGGCUCAGGCGAAGGUUUCACUGGAAACAGAGAAGGCUGUCAAAUUCUCGACUUCUGGGCAGGAGGACAACGCCAUACCUCAGAUUACAGUCAACCGUGAUUCACACGUGGUUCAAGAUGGACUAGGGGUACCGUCGGGUGGCCCCACACCGACCAUCACGCUACUGCGACGACAGAGUAGCUCUCCCCCGGAAACUCUGUCGUCUCUAGUAACGAUUCCCCACAAUGUGGCGCCUGGAGGACAAUUUAAAGCGCAAAGGGCCUUGUCACCCUUGUCGCAGAUGCGCACCGAUCCUCCGAGUCUAGGAACGAAGCGCUCUCUCGCUUCACAGUACGCUUUCCGCCGGCGCAAGGGCACCGCACUACCGCAGCGUGCUGAGACGCGUAAAAUGCUUUUAAUUGUACUCUAUCAGUUUUUCUUGAUCACCUGUGAGCUAUUUGUACCCCAUCGACUGGCACGCUGGCUUUUGGGCCUCCUUUCAAGCCUUUUUGGGCGACCCUCCUACACGUUCGACCCGCAAAUGGUGGCCACGCCGACGAUGGAGCUGCUGAACCACACCCUCAACGCACAGUUCUUUGCGCGCCACCCCUUCGCUAUCGAAAACCGCGGCGCCCUGCAAGUGCCCAUGCUACUACAGACCCGGGAGCCAGGGUCUUCAUCUUCUAGUGCUACUGCGGCGGCAGCCGUCUCCUUGGAAGCCAGCUACGGCAAGAACAAGGGCCCUGUGCAACCAACGACCGCCGGCUGGAAGAUCAUGCUGAUCCCCUAUGUAGAAAAGACGUGCGUGAAAGCCUUCCCAGGUAGGGCGAGGUCUGGCAAUCAGGAUCAACUGGCAGGGAAAGGUCGUCGUACGGCAUCGAGUCGUCGCUCUCUCUACGAGGAUGGGGUUGGCAUGGCCUUUGACGGAAGCUUCAGAACGAUUCACAAGUCCACGCACUGCGGGCGAAUAAGGCGGUACUCGGUCGAAGGAAGCUCGGCCACAGACAGCUCCGCAAGCGCUGAUGGUACCAGCGACGCCUCGGAGGGUAACAGCAGUGCUAACCAAAGCUUUAGUGCAUGGGAAGAGAACACCCCCGCAGAUGGGGCGCACGUGGUUUUCUCGUCAUACGCAAAGGGUGCUCAUAUGGUGUCCGAUGAGUGGAACUCACUCACCACGGGCACGCGCGGCAUUUUCGGUGGAAGCCACGGCGGACGCGGUAACAGCGGCGAAUUUGACCCGUAUACUUCCGUCAACGGCAUCACUGCGCCAGUGUGGGACACCGACGAUCCGCUGACUCUUACAGGUGCGCAGAGCUUCAUGGAGACGAACAGGGUAGCAGGGGUAAACAGCAAGGACGCCGUUCACCUGCUGGCUGCAGACGGCACUCUUGCCAGUGGCGGCGGUCGCGCUGAUAUCGUCGGCGUCUCUUCCAGCCCCGGUUCAAGACAAAUGCAUGUCGCAAAGCGGCGUCUCUUUUACCAGGCUUUCGUGUUUCCACCGUUGAAUCACGACGCCGCUGGGCCAUCGUCGUCCUCGUUUCACGGCGACCUCGACGAUGGCGCUUCAGGUAGAAGCUCUGCUGAUGCACGCGCGACGGCGCUGUGCCGUUUGAGCAAGCCCAACCGCGCCGCUUCACAGCAUCCUGCUGUGCCGGUGCGCGCUUCACCAUGGCAGUCGUGGAUCUACCUCCGAUUCUGGUUGGGAAGGUUUCUGUUGCACUUUGUGGCGCUAGUGUCGUGGCUCCUCGGAGAACAGUACUCCACGCAGCCGUCCGCUGUGCCGGGGGACGGAACAGCAGUGGUGACUGCGAGCAGCGUUUCAGGCAAGGUGUCAUCGAAUGUCAUGACCACAGCGAUGACUACCAUUUACCGUCGGCUGCCUGCUACACCCUCACUCGCGGCAGAUGUUUCUACCCUUCCGGGUAACGGUGACGUCGUGCUGCAACCAAAGAGCUACGCACCACUGGUCACGCAGCGGUACUUUGUGCCUCUGCCGAUUCCGAUUCUCUUCAUGUACGGCGGCGAGAAGCGCAUCAUGUUUCAUGCUGAUCACUGGUGUUCAUACAUCCGCCACUAUCAGCGGCCACGUGACGGGAUUUCCGAUGUGGUCGAGGUGCAGGGCGGGGGCCACUGGUUCUUUGCGGAGAAGAAGUAUCAAAAGAAAGUGGCUGAUCGCAUCGCCGAAUUCCUUGCGGCAGAGCCGAAGACUUCCUAUGUGGUCUGA